AUGGAGAAAUCAAAAAAUUUCCGCAUCGAUGCGCUUCUGGCUGUUGACCCGCCGAAGGUGCAGACAUCUCCGCUUGCGCUUGUGACUUCUUUAUCAUCCUCUUCCAUUUCAUCGUCCGGAAGUGUACCAAACUCAGAAUUGAAUGCCGACUCUUUACGGAAUGAGACGCCGUCUCCACCGCGGAUUUCCCCUUCUGGUUUGAUUCCUAAACCAGGCUUCUUGAACAGUCCCCACAGUAUGGUUGGAUUACAUCCACAGAGCAGCGCAGGGAUCCCUCCCCAGGCUCUCUACGGCCACCCCAUGUAUACCUACUCCCUAGGGCAGCACCCUGCCUUGUCCUACUCAUAUCCGCAUGGGUCCCAUCACCACCAUCCAUGCAGCGACUCCCUCAAACUCUCGGCCGGGACGUUUCAGCUCGACCACUGGCUGCGAGUCUCCACAGCGGGAAUGAUGCUACCCAAAAUGCCCGAUUUUAAUUGUGAGUAUUGUGAGUAUAACCGCGCCAUUCUUUUUCAUAGUUUGUCGUCUAUGCUUAUACUUAUUACAUUAUUUUUGGACUGCUAAUAAAUCACUGCUGACUUUAUAUUUGCUGUAUACGCACUUGGCGAGCAAGUUGAUGCAUUUUACAUUAUUGCCCCAUUGGUGCCUUUAUUGCCUCAAGACUUGGUGAAGAAAGGUUUCCAUGUCUGGCAUGGCCAGAAAGGCUGUUUGAGUGCGAGGAGAGAGGGUGAUAGGUUUUUAGAGAGAAACUAAAAUGGUGUGAAAGUGACAGUGUGAAACCCGCAGGCGACACACUGUUUGCUCACCAGAUACUGCGCUUUUUGUUCCUGUUCGUUUUAACAGAUGUCUUUAAAAUGAUGUGGCAAAUAGCUUAGCUCUCUCUGAAUAUAUAUUCUGGCAAUGUUAGAUGUUAUACUAACAAUAUUAUGGCAAUUUCGACCGGAACUCACCGUUAGGUCCCCUGUAGCUCAGUUGGUAGAGCAUUGCGCUCGCAACGCCAGGGUUGUGGGUUCGUUUCCCAUGGGGGGGCAGUAUGAAAACGUAUGCACUCACUAACUGUAAGUCGGUCUGGAUAAGAGCGUCUGCUAAAUGACUAAAAUGUAAAUGUUUCUUGAGAAGGCUGCAUAGCGUGCAAAAACACACAUUUCUAUCCCAAAGGCUAUAUGUGUUCAAUUUAAAUUAAAGCUUUUAUCCAUUUAAUAUUUAACAACUGAUUUUCCAUUUAAACCUGAAAUGAUUACCCUGUCAUUUUCAAUGUGUGUAUUACAAAAUAACAUCUUGUUAUAGGCUAUAUCAUAUAGGCCUAAAGGAAAUUGUUAUCUCAAUAUUAUUCCUUUUGUUUGCAGACAUAUUAGAUUUUUCAGCCAUAUAAUGGUUUUUAUUAUAGCCUAAGUCUACUGCCUGUCGAAUAAUGUAUUAAAAUGCUGUGCAUAGGCAUAAUUAAUGUAAAAGCACACACGUUGCCAUAAUUUUUUUCUUGACCUCAUGAGUAUAGAAAUGUACUUUAUAUUUUGUUUUCCAGCUCAGGCCCAGUCAAACUUGCUCGGAAAGUGCAGAAGACCAAGGACUGCAUUCACAAGUCAGCAGCUACUGGAGCUUGAGCAUCAAUUCAAACUGAAUAAGUAUCUGUCGCGACCAAAGCGCUUUGAGGUGGCUACAUCCUUGAUGCUGACCGAAACGCAGGUAUAUAAGAGCUUCAAAUACAUGUUUGUUUGAGAGCCAUUGUGAAACAUUUACAUUUUAGUCAUUUAGCAGACGCUCUUAUCCAGAGCGACUUACAGGACCAAUUAGGGUUAAGUGCCUUGCUCAAGGGCACAUCGGCAGAUUUUUCACCUAGUCGGCUCGGGGAUUAGAACCAGCGACUUUUCGGUUACUGGCACUACGCUCUUAACCACUAAGCUACCACUAUUAUGCUAUUCAAUCCGUUUUACAUGAAAACUCUGUUCUUUAGUUGUGUGCUCUAUGGUCUGGCCAGGUGCUGCUCUAGGUGCCCAUUACGCACGGCUCGAAUCCAAAAACGGCCUAUUAACUUGAACUAUUAUUGUUCGACCAUAUAAAACACAUUUUCUCAAAAAUAUUUGUUAUUUUCAUUUUCAGGUGAAAAUUUGGUUUCAGAACAGGCGGAUGAAGUGGAAACGGAGCCGGAAGGCCAAAGAGCAAGCCGCACAGGAGGCUGAGAAUAAGAAAAGCAACAAAAACGGCAAAGAGAAAUCGGACGGACAGGAACAAACGGAUUAUCAAAAGACUGGUUCUGCCAAAAGUAACAGAAUAAGAGACUUCAGGGACAGUGACGAUGAUGAAGGUGACAACUUCCUGUACAACUCCUCGGAUUGCUCAUCGGACGACGAGAGAACCCACACCAGUGAUAUAAGCCCACAGCCUUGAUAGGGGUAAGGAUACAUGUAGUUUUGAAAAGCUAUAGGCCUACACUCCUUAAAUGUGAAUGGAAUUUUCCACCAAACUGCAGCUGCAUGUACAGUAAUAACAACCUUCAAUCACCUACCUGGAAAUUACGAAAGUAAUUAGAAAAAUUGGGAAAAUACAAACUGAUCAAUGCCUGACUGAGAUUCAGUGUGCAGAAUGGCCCUAUGAGGUAAGAUUGACGUUUUAGAAUGCAGUUUCGAGGUACACUCUGCUAUUUGUAACAUUGCAUGGUUUUAUGUGAAAAUGUCAUGUCUUCAUCCAGUUGGUUUAGGACCCUAAAGUCCAGUACAAUCACAUGGGUUCUCCACUAUAGGGGUUGUUAUCAUACUAUUUUGAUAUGGCGACCAAUUGUAAAUUCAGACAUGAUAUUAAUCUUUGCAUUUUAUUUUGUUUAAUGUUAUUGAAUUUGUGUGGUGUUACACUUCUGUAAUUGUGUCAUAUACUGUUUACGUGCAGAAAAAUGUUUUUUGUUUAUUUUUGUAUACUGUAUUUAUAAAAUGGCUAAUGCAUGCUAAAUUACUGUUAACCAUCUCCCAUGAUACAGACG